CUCGGAAUCAGAGCCGAAAGUCCCUGACUUUACGCGCGGGGGAGACGCAUCAAUCGGGUCUUGGCUUGAGGUUUUACAUUGUUUACAUCCAAUCAAACAAGUAAGAACAAAAGAAGCCUGCUGUUGAAAUGGAUACCGCCGAUCAGCUUGCAUCUGCGGGCACGUUUCAUGUGCUGAAAAUACCUCUGGGAUUUAUCCGUGUUUUGGAAUGGCUUUUUGCCAUUUUUGCAUUUGCAACAUGUGGGGGCUACUCUGGGCAGCUGCGGGUCAGUGUGGACUGCAUGGAGAAGGCCAGAAGCAACCUCAGCAUCGGCAUCGACUUUGCUUAUCCUUUCAGGUUGCACCAGGUGUCCUUUGAAGCUCCCGCGUGUGAAGGCAUUAGAAACGAGCGUGUGUUCCUCAUCGGAGACUCUUCAUCGUCUGCAGAGUUUUUUGUCACCAUUGCGGUCUUUGCCUUCCUCUAUUCCCUCAUGGCCACCAUUGUCUACAUCUUCUUUCAGAACAUGUACCAUGAAAACAACCGAGGACCUCUCAUUGACUUUGUAGUGACAGUGGUGUUCUCCUUCAUGUGGCUGGUCAGUUCCUCCGCCUGGGCCAAAGCUCUGUCUGAUGUGAAAACAGCCACUGAUCCAGAUGAGGUGCAGUUCCUCAUCUCUGCCUGCAAAGUCCAGUCUAACAAGUGCGGCUCUGUGCAUGGACCGCGCUGGUCGGGUCUCAACACCUCAGUGGUUUUUGGGUUCCUCAACUUCGUUCUAUGGGCAGGGAACAUCUGGUUUGUCUUUAAGGAGACUGGUUGGCACAAGGGUGCUUCGAGGUUAGCAGACGGGGCAUCAGAGAAAAAGGCGGGCACCUUUAACCAGCAGCAGACCUACAACCAGGGAAGCUUUGACCAAUCAGGGAGCUACAACACCCAGGGCAACUACGACCAGCCGUCUGAGUACAGCCAGGUGGGAGGGCCAACCUCCUUCUCUAACCAAAUGUAGCCUUUCCUAUAGCGGGCACUUCUGCAUUUCAAAUAGGGCAAUCGGGAGGAUCAGAGAGGAGGCAGGUUUGUCAAAAAAAUAAGAAAAAAAAGGCAUUAAGGGUGUCACCUAUUGUGUAUAUAAGUAUUGUUGGGUAUUGUAAAAAAAAAGAUUGGAUAGAGUCUUUUACUCUUUAUCUGUCAGAGGUGUUGUUUACUAAAUGUCGUAUUUGUCGUUGUUUCAAAAGUGAAGGUGUCUUUGUGCUUGGGAGAUGUAUUUUUGAAAGUGGUUUGCCCUGUUGUGAAAGGGAAAAGUGCUCUGUGUUCGUAUCAUUCUUCAAGUUGGCAAAACAGUGUUGACUCAGUGCAUGAUGUCUGUGUUAUAUGCUCUAUGUGAAAUUAGUUAAAAAACAUUAUCUCUGAAAGUUUACAACAAUCACACUGCCCUGACUUAUUACUGACAUUUUAUUUAAGAUCUAUGCUAUUACUUUUUUUCUUAUCUAAGUAUAACUAAGUUUUAAUCAUGGGUAUUUCUAAUUCAGAUUCAGAAAGUAAUUUAGUGAUACGUGUGUAUGUCUUAUAUUUGCUUGAAACAAAUACAUUCCAACCCAAAUCUGACAUUGAUCCUGUCAGACAGCAGGUAGCAGCAAUGACUUUAAAGUGCAUACAGGGAUGUCUAUAACAAAAGUAUGCAACCAUUGCAGCAUGUUGUUUCUAUUCCCAUGUUUUCCUCUUUAUCAUUGCAUCUCACAAACUACGCCACACUGUCAUUUUGUCAAUCUAAAGAGGGAGAUUGCCUCCCUUCAUGUUUACAAGUGUCCUCUUCUGCUCGAUACUGUGACUGUUUUCUAUGCUAUCCUCAGAGUACUGGGACACUAUUUAAAACUGGAGAGACGUGAUGUAAGGAUUACAUAUUUAUUGUUUACACAUCAUAUGAAUGAAAUUAUUGCCACGAUAAUACAACAGGAGAAUGUAAUGGUGUUUGGCGAUUAGGCCCUGGUUUGCAGGAUAAUCAUUCAGGAGGGAAAGAACCGCUCCGAUGAAAUCCCCGGGGUCUAGACACUGGUGGUGGUGAUGAGUAGGUGAGACCGGUCUGAA